GCCUGUUACCCUACCCUACCCUACCCAGCAGCACUUCCACACCCGUCUCCAUGUCGAACAGUUGGGAUGAUUGAACCGUCGCCGCUGAACAAACGCUUCCAUCCGUCUCACACUCUCAGCACCACGUCGCUCUCCCUCAAUCUGGUCCUCGUCUGAUACAUUCCAACAACCACCACCACAACAACGCCAUCGUCGCCCACAUGUCUACUUUGAACCCGCAUCAGAUGCCUUCGUGAUUUUGUCAUCGCUCCCACGAGCGCCCGCGUGCGCACUGAGAGGCCCCCGAGGCCGUACUGCAACUAUCUUGGAUCGCAGAACAUGGACAUAAUAUCUACCACUCUUGCUGUCGCAGCACAGCCGACAGCGAUAUGGGCCACGACUCUACAAAGCAUCCCGACUCCGACGUCUGUCGCGACCGGAAUCGUCCCACGUCAGCUUUGGAACCUGCGCACCGAUACCACCACCACCGCGCCACCACAUUGUACACCUUUCAUUCUCCCUGCCAACGGCAUCAUACAAUUCGGCGAUUCGGCAAUCACAUUAACGACCACUGUCACCUUUGAGCCGCAAUGUUCGGGAAACUCGCCGGGCCGGAUGAUCAACAGCGACCUUCGCGAUGACUUCUACGCCUCGACCAUUCCCAUGACCUUUGUCAUAGCCGCGGCGACGGUGAUUGCAUGGAUAUUGGUCAUCAUGCUGGUCGUGACGCCGCGAACGGCUUUAUACGGAGGAAUGGCUGUGGCUCCGGCGGCGUUGGGCAGUGGGCAUGGUAUGAUCGGUGGCGCGAAUGGUCCUUCCAGUUUCGCCGGCUCAGGGACGCGACCAUGGCUACAGAAGGUCGCUGCGCUCGCCGUGGCCAUCUCCUUGACCAUCGCGGUUUCGGAUACCUUUGCCGUGGCAUACAAGCAAUACGUCAUCGGAUAUAUGGACGCUUCGGAGAUCCGCUCAACUGUGCUGGGAUCCACGGAGAUCAAAAUCACUCGCCUCAUCUCGGAUGUCUUUCUGUGGCUGGCUCAAGUCCAGACGCUGAUCCGCCUGUUUCCACGACACAAGGAGAAAGUCCUCAUCAAAUGGAUCGGGUUUGCGCUCAUCUUAUUCGACUCACUUUUCUCCUGCUUGAAUGCGUUUCACAUUGGCUCCACAGCCAAGGGCCGUCAUUUCGUCGACGCCGUGCCAGCACUAUCAUAUCUUUUUCAACUUUCCGUUGGUUUACUCUACGCCGCUUGGGUCAUCUAUUUCGCGCUCACCAAGUAUCGAUAUGCAUUCUAUCACCCACAAAUGCGCAGCAUUUGCCUGAUUGCGCUAUUGUCCCUCGUGGCCAUCCUCACUCCGGUUGUUUUCUUCGUGACGGACAUUUCGAAUUCGAAAGUCGCGGGAUGGGGAGAUUACGUGAGAUGGGUGGGAGCUGCUGCCGCGAGUGUCAUCGUCUGGGAAUGGGUAGAUCGGAUCGAGGCGUUGGAACGGCACGAGAAGAAGGAUGGGAUUCUCGGCCGGGAAGUGUUCGAUGGCGAUGAGAUGCUCGAUUUGGAGGACCCCAAUGACCACGGCGGCUGGGGACGUGAUCGUCGUCGUCGUCGAAGGCGUCCCGGCAACGACAGCGACGACGGCGGCCAUGCCUCCAAGGGACUGGAACACGGGCUGAGUGGCGUCGCUCAGCAUUUCCGAUCGAAACCUCCUGUCCAGGCGCCUCAGCAUUUCCCGUUGGGUAGGGCAUAUUCCAGCUCGGAACCUACGACAUCUGCUCAGACUCCAGCGGCGGUCCCCAACGCCGCCAUCACUCGCGGGGACGCUGUUCGAUUCUCGAUGACGAGGAGAGGCGUGACGCCACCCGUGCAAGCGCCGACUCCCGUCAGUAGAGCAGACACGACCAGCGCAGCGAGUACCGUCUAUGUCGUGCAAUAUGACACCGUUCCGGAUGUUCCUCAACCAGUCCGACGACGGGUCGAUCACAGUCGCAACUCGCGCGCCAACGCCACACGAAACUCUCGUGAAAUGGCAUUACAAGAAAAGGAACUCGCUGACGUUGCAGAAGAAGACGACGAGCUUCGACGGACUCAAAGCCUCGAACAGGGCGUAUGGCACGCCGUCUCGAACCCUUUCAAACGAAAACGUACCUCCCCACCAAAGGAGGUACAAGAAGCCAAAGCGGUCGCGGCGCAGACAGCUCGACCUGCCACACCGCCUCGUGAGAGUCCAAUGCGAACCCUCCGCAGCAGGCUGCCCUUCUUCAACUCCUUGGCCGAUUCUCCUUCUGACGCUCAACCCAAAAACCGUAGUGGCCCAAACCAUCGCGGUCAUCGCAAGGAAGAAGCUGAGCUUCCCAUCAUUGUCGUGCCCGCUCCGACUCGCCACCUCGGCCGCCAGAUCGAAGCUGCCAUACUAAGCGAGAAGGAAGCCGCCGAUGACUCUGGAGCAAUCUCCCGUCAUCCCUCCGAUGACAACGUCGUCCGACCCAUAUCUGCCCUUUCCGCAGCACUACCAGCAGUAGCACCGACCACGACGACAACAACAACAACAACAGCAACACCAGGAGAACCUGUCACAUCAUCAGCCGCAGGAGUCUCCCGCCCCACGACCCGCUUCUCCGCUACAUCGGCCGUCUCCUUCGCCGAUGUGCGCCCCUCCUCCAAUCUCACCGGUCCACCCCGCGCAGAGGAUAUCAGUCCUGCGGUGGGCGGGAGCGGUCGUGUGAUCCAUGUCCCGGCGCCGCCGAGAAGGUCGCCGACUGGGUUGUCUACUUCCACUGGCGGGACUAGGGGCGCUGGGAACAGGACGUCCUCACCUACGGAUGGUUCUUGAUCUUGAAGGCUCUAAAUUUUGCAGGGACCCUUUCUCUCUUUUAUUUUCUUGGCUUGGUGAUUCCAUUUAGCGUUGGCGUUUUGGAGGGGAGCUUUCCUCUUGGAAACUCGCAUUUUUUUAUAUGACGCAAAAGUCGGUUGGUGGGCAUAGACGGAGCAUUGGGCAUCGCGGCAUCUUUUGGGGCAUGUGUGGACAGGUCCUGGGCAUUGCAUGCAUUUGGGCGGACAUUCGGAUGUCUCCUUGGUUUUCUUUUUUUUGGUAGAUACCCUCAUUUCUCGUCGUCUCAUCUCGUACAUAUCACGCGGAGACUUUGCUUCUUCCUUCCUGUUUCAUCUCUUCGGAGUUCUAUACACAUAGAUACAAUUCAGAAUCCUCCUUCCGCAGGGAAAUCACAUUCAACA